AUGGAAUGGUUCACUGGCUCGAAGACCGAAAAGCCCGAAGCAGCUAACCCGCCUCCGGCGGCCACCACACCCAGUGAAGCACCCCAGCAGACCACGGCUCCAUCUCAGCAGGAGAUGGGCAAAGGUACGAAGUCGAUCACGACGGAAGUGGCAACAGCAGUGCUUCCAGAAGAGGGCAUCCACCCAAGCUGGAGCCAUGAGAACCCACUUAAUCUCUUUUACGGCCUCUAUGCGCUCUCCUUCAGCAGCGGCUUCGACUUCUUCUUGGAGGCCAACAACCUCCUGGAUUCCGAUCACCCCUUCGAGAAGGUCUUGCCGCGGGGCGCGGAGAAGAUCAUGGCAAAGAUCCCUGCCAAGACAGAGUUGCUGAGCUCCGGUGCCGACUCCUUCAUGGAUAAGCCCAUGACCACAAAAGGCCUGAAGAUGAAGAACAUGAUCAUCUUGAAAGAGAUCGAUUGGACGGCCGAGCUGAAGGGCGAGCUCCGAGAUGUCAAGUGGCUAGCCUCCGGCAAGAAGGUGCAAGCCGCCUACGCAGACAGUCUGCCGCGGAUGGUCGAGGUCCACCGCACUGGCCCAGGGUAUCUGUACCGAAGUGACGACGGCCUGCUCGUGGAGGUAAUUGAAUCAGCGGACAGGCAUUUUGAAGAAAGGACCACUACAGAGUACCAUGCCGCCGUGAAGGCGGUGGCUGGGCAGGCUGCCGUGGCCGCCACGGCGGGGAGGACAAUCAAAAAGACGACAACCACCAGUGGAGAGGCCUUUUGUGCUGGAUUUUGCGACGGCUGCAUGGCGAUGUGCUGUGGAUGCUGCCAGGCGUGCUGUCCACGAUGCUGUCCUCCCAAGUGUGAUUGUGGCAAGUGCUGCACGUGCUUCAAGUGUCCGCCCUGCUUCAAAUGUCCACCCUGCUGCAAGUGUCCACCUUGCUGCAAAUGCCCACCCUGCUGCAAGCCUUGUGUUGAUUGCUUUGCAGCCUGCGGCUGCAAGUUCGCACUCACCGAGACUGCCUAUGAGUAUCAGCCGGGGACGGCUGGCCGCGCCGGUGUUAAGGCCGUGGCCGGCAGGGACAGCUAUGUGGAGGUGAAGAUCGAGAGGGUUUACAUGGUUGAUCCGGUGCCGUGUUGGCGGGUGACUCUGAUGUCCGCCGAUCCCCUGCAUUCGCACCCCAUGGCCCGCGUGGCAAUCAAGAACAAGUCCUUGGUAGACCAGAAGACGCCCUGGGUCUACGUGAUCGACUUGUCCCUGGAGAAUUCGGGCCAAGAAGUGUUCAACCUUGUGGCUUCGCUCCGUGGAGCACCCACACGCCAGAGGCUGUCGCUGGAGCACCUCCCGGAAGAGGUGACCUACACCGAUGCCCCCUUGGUGUUUCAGUCCGUGGUCCCGCAGAACGCCCGUGUGAAUCCUUUGGCAGGCCGGUGGCAGAGCUCCGGAGCUUUCGGUGGAUUUGGCAUACACGGAUCGGCGGAGGGCGAGGAGGGCACCGAUGCUGAUACAACUUCGGCUGACGGGGGUGCAGAGGACGAGGAGGGUAAGAAGCGUCCCGACGGUGCGGAGGACGAGGACAAACCGGCGGAAGACGAGAAGCUGUGA